UCCUGUGCGAAACACCCUGUAUACAAAUGCACAACGCAGAUCCAAUGAACACGUCGACGCGACACGCGCCGCUGCCGAACCCAGGGGGAUUGCACAAGCUGCAAUCCGCCUUGGUUGCUGUAUCGUUAUCUGAUGGGGAAGCGAUGGCCGCCAUCGUCGAGGACAAGGAGUACCACCUUGACGUUGUGGUUUUUCAGGUCGAGAACGUACUUUUUAAGGUCCCGAAAUACCCUUUCACAGACAGCGGUGGGGUAUUUGGUACGCUGUUCUCUUUGCCCACGCCUGCCGACUCCGGAUGCGGCGAAGCAGAGGGCUCGAGCAAUGCCAAUCCCAUCAGACUGGACCAGACCAAAGUGGAUGACUUUCGAGCGUUCCUUAAGGUCCUGAUACCCAAGUCCGUCCCAGCCAAAUACGACCUCUCACUCGCAGAAUGGACAUCAGUUUUAGCCUUAUCCACCAAAUGGGACUUCGAUGAUAUGCGGAACUUCGCCAUUGAAAGCAUGUCUCCAAUCCUCAAAGAGAAGCAUGUAUGGAAGGUGGUCCUUGGCCAACAAUAUCACGUCCGUUCGUGGCUCAAGGAGGGUUGCAUGCAUCUCGUCACAAGAUGGUCAGGUCCUUCGAAGGAUGAAGCGGCGCAAUUGGGACUGGAGAUCACUGUCACAAUCUAUCUCAUCAGGGAGAAAAUGCUGAGGUGUCGGGGUGUUUACGACGUGGCCAAGGCAGUGGAAGACGAGUUUGCGACUGAAUUGGGGGCCGAAGGCCCCUCUACCUCCUAG